AUGGCGUCCGUCUCCGAGCUCGCCUGCAUCUACUCCGCCCUCAUCCUGCUCAACGAUGACGAGGUGACUGUCAGGGAGGAUAAGAUCAAUGCCCUCAUUAAAGCAGCUGGUGUCAGUGUUGAACCUUUCUGGCCUGGCUUGUUUGCAAAGGCUCUGACUAUUGUCAACAUUGGGAGCCCCAUCCACACUGCUGCUGCCCCAGCUGAGAAGAAAGUAGAAACAAAGAAGGAAGAAUCUGAGGAGUCGGAAGAUGAGGAACCCCACAUCUUUGUAGAAGACCCCAUUCUUAAGCCAAUGUUUGGUUGUAUUGUCUUCGGCUCCUGGCCCAGCCUCAAAGUAAAGCUCUCCGGCUGGCCGUUCUUCUCAUCCAAGUGA